AUGAAGGAAUAUUACACAAAUGAAGAUACUCCUACCGAAGAAGAUCAACGUAUCAGUGGCUUACUUCCGUUCAAAAAAAUUAAAUAUCAAAGUCUUAUUAAUCAUCUACAAGGAGACAAAGGCUUGGUCAAGAAUAUUUGGAGAAAGUUCAGCAAUGACGCUGUACUGAUACUUGGUAAUUGGUCGGCCGGACAAAGUAAAUACCAUGGGCCCAUCAGAGGCAUCGAAAUGAGUAGAAUGCUAGCAAAAGAAUGCUUUCAGAUAUACUUGAUUGAUGGGUUCAAGAAUUCCAGUCUAUGCCCUGCUUGUCAAAACGGCGAACUUGAAACAUUUAAGAAAACUCAAAAGCCUAGACCAUUUCAAAGGAGAAAAUAUCCUACAGUGGAUUGGCACAACCAUUUAAGUCAUAUAUGUAUGUAUAUGAAUACAUUGAUAAUCUAUACAAUUUCUACUCAGGUGCAAAAGCAACAAUUCUUAAAGCCUGUGGCCGAAUCUACUAGGGAUACUACUCAGUCUUCUCUCUACCGCCUUUGGAAUUGUGAUAUGGCCGCUACCCUAAACUUUAGGCAUAUUAUUUUUAACUUGCAUAAGAACAGAAGAAGACCAAAAAGAUUCUGCAGAUUAAGUGCACGUUCUUUUACUACUCUUAAAAGAAAAGAAGCUCUAUUCAGUAGUAGCAGAACAGUUAAAAAAGCAAACUAUUCUGUGUAG